CGGUGCAGCGAGCUGCUCGAAUUCCUCUUUGACUGCAGUUUCGGCCAAAGCUCUGGAGGCAUUCUGAAACCCUAAUCUGGUGUCGCACUUCAGCUUCGUCUCCGCAACAAAUUGAAUACUAUGGAGAACUGUAAGCUGGGAUUGGCAACCAUUAAGAAAGAUAGAGCUGAUGAAGGUUCUACAAAGCUUAUGGAGGAUCAAACGAGGGAAAAAGAGGUUGCUCUUGCUAGAUUACUUCAGUUGGAGGGACUAGAUCAAAAGCAAAAGUUGGAAUUUGAAAUUGCUCAGUUGAAAGAUAAAUUAAGAGUUAUAGAGCAUUAUUUACAUGGGGAAGAAGAUAUAUACAAGUUUAUAGACAAAAUUCAUAAAAAAGGUGAAGAAGAGAAGAAAGGUUUAGAAGAGUUACUUGACACUCUUUUGAUGGACCUCAAGGCCAAUCAGAAGCUCAGUGAAGUUCGUGCAGAACUAAUUGAGGGUCUCACAAAAAUGUUGAAAGGUCGUGCCUUGAUUGGAAUUAAAAGAAUAGAUGAUCUUCAUAUCAAGCCUUUUGAACUUGAAUGCAAGAAUUUUUCCUCUGAAAAUGCCGACUCAAAAGCUUUAGAGUUGUGCUCUAGCUCAGAUAAAAUUUGCAAUCCUUCAUGGCGUCCUUCUAAAACCACUGAAUGUGAUGGACAUUUUGAGCAUUUUUGGUCCGAAGAUCUCCCUCAUCAGACAAUUGGAAGAGGUUCCUCCACUUCUCAAAAGGCCAAGGAGAGGGCUGACCAUCUCAUCUUGUCUCAGUCCUUCCAAACUGAUCUAGCUCUCACUGUUGAGCCCACAACUUCUUCACAGCCUAUAGUGACUCCAACAUCAUCUAACUCUAAUUCCAGCUCCGACGAGCUGUUUCUUUGGCCAUGGGUGGGACUGCUUGUUAAUUUGCCUAUGGAAGAUGAAGAUGUUUUUCUCAAAGACCAAUUUUCAGAAUUUAAUCCAAUAAAUGUCAUUGCUUCCCCUGAGAGAGACCUUGUAACAAGGAAAGGUGAGGCUGUGAUUUUGUUUAAUAUGGAUUCGAAAGGGUUCAAAGAUGCAAUGGCAUUUGAGAAUCACUUUAAGUUGAAGCGAAUGGGGAAGAACGAGUGGUAUGACAAGAAAGGUUUGAACUUAAUUGGGAUUCAUGGGUGGAUUGCUCGUGAUGAUGAUUAUAAAACCGGCGGAUUGUUUGCAAAGAUUCUAAGGAAGCAUGGGAAAAUGAAGACAGUGGUGGAUGUAAUGGAGGAGGCAAAAGAGAAUGUGAUGACAGUGGCUUCACUUGUGAAGAAGAUGAAUGUUAUGGAUAAAUAUUUGCAGGAAUUGAAGUUUUCGUAUAAUGAGACGGUCAUAUCUCUUGAAAACAUGAUGGAUUCAAAAGCUAAGAUUUCACACAAGUAUAAUGAAGAAAUGCAUAAUGUUAAGCAGAAAGGGCGUGAGAAUGCACGGAGGAAUUUGUUGGAGAAUGACAAGUUAAAGUUAGAGUUGGGUGCAAAGAAGAAUAAGAUCGAACAAUGUUGUAGAGAACUUAAAAAUUACGAGAUUAAAAUUGAGGGUGUGAAGAGGAACUUGGACGUUGAGAAGGAUAAGGUGCAUGUUGGCUCUGUGAUUUAUUCAACUUUUGUGCAAGUACAGCUACUUGAUUUCGUGGAAGCAUCUUUGUACUUGUAUGAGGCUGCGCUGGUUGACAGUUACCUUGCAUUGGCGCACAUUGAAAAAAAGAGUUAUGAUGAAAAGGUCAAGGAACAUAUGGAAGAACACAAGAGAGAAAUGGAAGUUGCUCUUACAAGAGUGCGCCAGCUAGAAAUGGAGCUGGAUCAAAAACAAAAAAUGGAGCUUGAAAUUACUCAUCUGAAAGGUAAGUUGAAAGUAAUGGAGCAUUUGCAAGGGGAAGAAGAUAUAGACAACAAAAUAGCAGAGUAUCAUAACAAAUUGGAACAAGAAAAGGAGCAUUUAGAAGAGUUGCACAACACUCUUUUUUUGAAGGAACGUGAGGCCAAUCAGGAGCUCAAUGAAGCUCGUGCAGAAUUGAUCCAGAAUUUUGAGGGGCUUACAAAAUUUUUGCAAGUUCCCUUUUUUAUUGGAAUAAAGAGAAUGGGUGAUCUGGAUAUCAAGCCUUUUGAAAGCGCAUGCAAGAAGAGUUUCCUGCAGGCCAGUGUGAAAACUUCCGUGUUGUGUUCUAGUUGGGAUGCGCAAAUUCGUGAUCCAUUAUGGCAUCCUUUCAAAUUCAUCAAACGCGAUGGUGUUAAUGAGGAAGUAAUUGAUCAAGAUGAUCCAAAACUGAAGAGCCUGUGGACCAACUUUGGGGAUGAUGUGUACAAUGCUGUAAAGAAAGCUUUGCUGGAGAUAAAUGAGUAUAAUCCCAGCGGUAGAUAUCCUGUCGCCGAGCUAUGGAACCGGAAGGAGGACCGAAAGGUUGAGAUGAAGGAGGCCAUCCAUUACUUCAUCAAACAAUACAAAACUCGAAGGUGAAGAAAAGUUUUUUAUUUAUUCUUUUUCUUGUUAUGGACUUGUUGGCACAGUCCCAUGGUUCAAUAUAUCUAAUGGGCCAUUCUAUUACUGCUCUUAUGUUGUGUUCUAUGUUGGAGGAAGGCUUAGAAUGUUUUCACUUUGCCCAUUAUUUAUACAAUUCUAAGCUGUAACUUUCUGCUUUCAUUUUAAAUUUAAAGAUG